AUGGGCAGCACAGACAAAGUGAAUAUUUCAACUAACACAACCAUAUUGGAGGAGGAGGAGCCAUGGUCUCGUAUUGAGAAGUCUCUGAUCGUGGUCAUUCUUAGCAUUGAGAUAGUGCUGGGGAUUCUGGGAAAUGGUCUGGUCCUAAUUGUUAAAAUGGUGUGUAGGGAUCAAUAUCAGUGUGUUUACUGGCUGCCGUUUGUCAGUCUGACACUCUCUGACUUGGGUUGUGCCUUGCUGAUCAUGACCAGUUCCUUACUGGCUAUUUUGACCGGAGGUCAGAGCUCACCAUGGUGUGAGGUGGUCAGUCUGUUCAAGUUCACCUUCAUCACAUCCUCCAUCGGAAGCAUAGCACUCCUCUGUAUCCAGCGGUAUAUGGGCCUGCUCUUCACUAGAAGAGGCUUGUCUGUCAUCCUAAUAGUGGCAUGUUUGGCUUCCUGGUUGUUAGGUGCCAUAUUCGGGGUGGUGCCAGUGAUCUACAAAUGGGUUAGGUUUGACCCUGCGGAGAUGAUGUGUGCUGUGUUCUGGGAGAGCAGUUACUCUGACAUGCUGGUGUAUAUUCUCUGCUCCUUCAUCGUCACAAUAUUACCACCUUUGCUGCUCAUUAUCACCUGCUCCUUACUGACUGGGGCUGGCUAUGGGAAAAACUGUGCCAGGCCGACAGAUUUGUCAUCUGUCACUCCGCUGUUGGUGGGAACUUAUCUGCUCUGCUAUACUCCUUUCAUUUUGUCAGAAAUGAUUAUUCUUGGGAGACUGGAUCUGUCACCAUCUCCUGAGUGGCUGAGAACACUUUCAUCAGUCAUGGCUUAUCUGGACUGUAGUGUGAACCCCAUCAUUUACUGCAUUAACCAAGACUUUCGAGAAGCAAUACUUGCACUUCUGUGGACCAGCAGAAAAUCAAGCUUGCCUGAACCUGUACUGACUAGCAUAACAAAAAUAGACACAUGA